ACAGUCGGAGAGAGUAAUAAACACUAGAAAAUUGGUUAUUAUUCCAUUUACUACUUAGAUAAAUGAAUCAUAACAAUAGUAAUAAUCUCAUUCAUCAAAGGGACCGCCGUGUGCUAUCACUACCGGCGGUGCACCCUUGCGAAGGGAUAUCUCCGAACACCCUCAUUUCCUCCCUUGUUACCCUCUCCCAGAACAUAUGCAACUACCAACACAGCUUCUUCGCAACACAGAGACGAAACGCAAGAGAAGCAAUCCGCCAAGUCAGUAUCAUCCUCUUCUUCCUUCUCGAAAUUCAAGAACGAAGCUUACCAAUCCCUCAAUCCACCGUCCUCAGCCUCUCGGAACUUCACUUCACGUUUCAGAAGAUCCACUUCUUGCUGCAAGAUUGCGUACUUCAAGGCGCGCGCCUCUUGCUUCUCGCCAAGUCCAACCACGUGGCCUCCCUGUUUCAAUCCCUAGUUCGCGCAGUGGCGACUUCCCUCGACGUUCUUCCUCUCCACGAAAUCGAGGUAUCCGGCGAGGUGAGGGAGCUGGUGGAGCUGCUGGCGAAGCAAGCGAGGAAAGCAAAGAUGGAGCACGAGCCUAAAGACGAGCACAUGAGCAAGAGUGUUCAUUCAAUUCUAAAACAGUUGGAAAAAGGAAUCGAAGUGGAUAAGAAUGCAUUGAAAGAGAUCAUCGAGUACCUAGAAAUCAAGACGUGGAACGAGUGUAACAGAGAGAUAAAUCUUUUAGAAGAAGAAAUCGCUUUAGAAUGCAGUAACUGCAACGAGCGAGAGCAUGAGCGAGACGCUCCUCUAUUGAGUAGCUUGUUAGGGUUGAUGAGCUACUGCAGGGUAGUGAUAUUCGAAACACUAGAAAUUAGCAAUAACAGAGAGAAAUCAGAAACGAGAAUGAGCACGGAAAUGAUAACGUCCGUCAAUCCAGAGGACUUUCGCUGCCCAAUAUCUCUGGAGAUGAUGACGGAUCCCGUGACGGUUACAACUGGACAAACGUACGACAGAGCUUCCAUCAAGAAAUGGCUGAAAGCAGGGAACACCAUAUGCCCUAAAACAGGGGAGAAUCUCUCAAACACGGAACUCGUCCCAAACACAACCCUCAAGAGACUCAUCCAACAGUUCUGCAAUGAUAACGGCAUUUCCCUCUCAAAAUCAACCAACCGUAACCGCGAUUUAGCCAAUACAAUAUUACCAGGCAGUGCGGCCAACGCUCACGCCAUGCAGUUCGUCUCAUGGUUCCUCACACGGAUGCUCGCCUUCGGUACGGACAAACAGAAAUCCAAAGCCGCUUACGAGAUUCGGUUACUUGCUAGGUCCAAUCUGUUCAACAGAGCGUGCUUGAUCCAAGUUGGAACAAUUCCGCCUCUGCUUGAUCUUCUUCUCUGCACGGACGAGAAAUCCACACAGGAAAACGCAAUUUCCGCGUUGAUGAAGCUUUCUAAGCAUGCCACUGGGCCCCAGCACAUCAUGGAUUCUAACGGUCUGAAACCGAUUCUAACAGUUUUAAAGAAAGGGCUCAGCCUCGAAGCGCGGCAAGUUGCGGCGGCUACUGUUUUCUACCUUUCGUCAGUGAGAGAGUAUAGAAAGGUGGUAGGGGAAAACCCUGAGGUGGUUCCUUCUCUGGUGGAGUUGGUGAAUGAAGGAACCACGUGCGGGAAGAGGAAUGCAGUGGUUGCGAUUUAUGGUUUGGUUCUUGUUCCAAGGAACCAGAAACGAGCAAUCGAAGCGGGUGUCGUUCACGCGCUCGUUGGCGUGUUAGGAUCGUCCGAGAAGGACGAGCUUGUAACUGAAUGUUUGGCGGUUUUAGCCGUUUUAGCUGAGAAUGUGGAAGGAGCGAACGCGAUUUUGCGCACUUCGGCUCUGUCGUUAAUUACUGGGAUGCUCCAAACGGCGUCGUUGCGCGUGGGGAAAGAGCACUGUGCUUCGAUUUUGCUUUCGCUUUGUGUUAACAUUGGUGCUGAGGUUGUGGCGGUUUUGGCCAAGGACCCUUCGGUGAUGCCUCUGCUUUACUCGCUUCUCACGGAAGGUACUUCCCACGCGGCGAAGAAAGCAAGGUUCCUCAUCAAAGUUCUGCAGGAUUUCAGUGAAACCAGAGCUUCGGGUUUCAAGGGUUCCUCUGUUCCGCAGGAACCAUCGCUUCCUGUUUGGUGAAUCAAGUGUGCUAUUAGAAUUUAGAAAGCACAUUAUUUUUAAAUUUUUUAAGGGGGAAAAAAGAUCAAGUCCCUGCACUUUUGUUGUGUAAAUAUUGCAACAUUGGUUGCUGAUGUCAUAUUUUUAGAUUUGUGAAAUUAGCUCCUUGUACUUUUUUACUCCAGGAGCUAAAUUUCAAUAAGUAAGCCUCUCUAGUUUACGUUACAAGUUUUGUAUAUAUCAAUUUGAAAUGGUGUGAAAUUAGUUAUUGAAGAAAUCAUAUCCUCAUGUUUGAUAUAAUGUUACAACCGGGUCAAAAUCAUUUCAAAGCAAAGUCUAUAAAUAAUCAAUACGUCUGAGGAUUUUAUG